AAUACUUUCAACUUCGGUUUUUUAGCUUCUCUCAUCUUCCUCUACGCGAAUUAUUAUUGGAGUAAUAUUAUUUUCCAAAACCCUAGUCUCUACACGUAUAUAUAAAGUAUAUACUUGCUACACAAGGAUCCUUUCAAGUAUUCUAGUGCGCGCCAUAAUGGAACCAGUUGUGAAAGAAGAAACAAUGGAGGUUCACCCAGAGGAAGCCCCGAUCAUGCCGGAAAUCACCAGUCACGCGAUUUGCAUAAGCACCGGUCGCGGCGAUCUUCCAUCCGAAAACCGGUCAAACGGGUUCAACGACGGCGACGACUCGGAAGACCAGGAUGGACCACCGGAUUCUCCUCUUCGGAAGAAGCGGAAAUCCGUGGAAUCCGCCUUGCCGUUGGGGUUCCUGGAUCCCCUGCCGCCUGAAGAGCGCUCUCGUUUGAACUCCCAACUACUGGCAUUACCGCCGUCCUCAACUCCCCAACUGAUUCGUGCGGCUGAUUCCGGGAACAAGCUAUUGCCCAUGCCUGCUAAGUCUAUGGAGGUCGCUCCUUUUCCGCUGUCCCAGAGCUGCAGGCAGUUCUGGAAGGCAGGGGAUUAUGAGGGACCCGCUCCUGAAACUCCUCCCUCAGAUUCCGGCGGUUUCAUGGAUCAUGUCAGAGUUCAUCCUAAGUUCUUACAUUCGAAUGCCACAAGUCAUAAGUGGGCUUUGGGAGCUUUUGCUGAGCUUUUGGACAAUGCUUUAGAUGAGGUUUGCAAUGGAGCUACCUAUGUCAGUGUAGAUGUUCUAAACAGCAAUAAAGAUCAUAGUAGGAUGAUACUUGUUGAAGAUAAUGGUGGAGGAAUGACUCUUGAUAAAAUGCGACAAUGCAUGUCUCUCGGGUAUUCUGCUAAAAGCAAAAUGGCAAAUACCAUCGGUCAAUAUGGAAACGGCUUCAAAACAAGUAGUAUGAGGCUCGGAGCAGAUGUAAUUGUAUUCUCUCGUUGCCAGGGAAAAGAUGGAAAGAGCCCUACACAAUGUAUUGGAAUGCUCUCCUAUUCGUUUUUAAGGGGAACCAGAAAAGAAGAUAUUGUUGUUCCCAUGAUUGGGUUUGAAAAGAGAGAAGAUUCAUGGGAAAUGAUGCCCCGAUCUUCUGCCAGUGAUUGGAAGAAGAAUUUAGACACAAUAGUGCAAUGGUCUCCAUAUAUAAGUGAAGCUCAUCUCUUACAGCAGUUUGACUUCUUGAAGGAUCAAGGGACUCGUAUAGUUAUAUAUAAUCUUUGGGAGGAUGAUGAAGGGUCACCAGAGCUUGAUUUUGACACAGAUAUACAUGACAUUCAAAUAAGGGGUGUUAAUAGGGAUGAGAAGAAGAUAGUAAUGGCAAAGACUUACCCAGACUCUAAGCAUUUUCUGACUUACCAACAUUCUCUAAGAAGCUAUGCGUCAAUUUUGUACUUGAGGCUUCCAGAAGGAUUUCGAAUUAUUUUACGAGGAGAGGAUGUUCAGCAUCAUAAUAUUAUUGAUGAUAUGGUGCAAUCCAAAGAAAUUACCUAUAGACCACAGUGUAUUGCGAGUGAUCACGCUCCCAAGGGUCCAAAUAUGUAUGCUGUAGUGUCUAUUGGUUUUUCCAAAGAUGCAAAGCAUCACAUUGAUAUGCAAGGAUUCAACGUCUACCAUAAGAAUCGGCUUAUUAAGCCAUUCUGGAGGGUUUGGAAUGCUGCAGGAAGUGAUGGCCGUGGUGUGAUAGGUGUCUUAGAGGCUAAUUUCAUAGAGCCAGCUCAUGAUAAACAGGGAUUUGAACGCACAGUUGUUCUUGCAAGACUUGAGACCCGUUUGCAAGCCAUACAAAAGGACUAUUGGUUGACAAACUGCCAUCUAAUUGGUUAUGCUAAGAGACGCAACAAGAAAAAUAACCCGGAUCUUCUUAGAAUCAAAUCUUCCUCGACAUUAGACUCGAAUGGCCAUUAUUAUCACCACCAAUCUAAUUUCAGAAGCAAUGGGCAACAUGAACUAUUUGCACACCCAACUUAUGAGGACAAUGAAGUGGUUGUGUACCCGAACGAAACACAGAAUCCUUUCCAAGGACCAAUAUCCAAACAAAACCAGCAACUAUUCAUCCCGAACAUGAAACCUGUUAGAAUGGCUGGAUGCUUACCUUUGAGUGUUAGAAGUGCCACUGGAGAUGUACAAGAAAUACAGUGCACCCAUUCAAUAUUGACACAAAAGAUGAGAGAAGAGAACCUUGAACUCAAGAGAAGUUUGGAGGCCGCUUUGACUGAUUUGCAGUUUGAAAGGGACAGAAAUAUGAUUCUAGAAAGUAAAAUUCAUACAGCCGGGAGAGUGACCGAGUUCAUCGACCAGGACCAUGAAACACUUUAUAAAUAUACGGAAGGAGAAAUCGCUAGAAGAGAUGUAGAGGAAGAAAGACUGAGAAAAAGAUUGAGGGAUGCUUCGGAGACCAUACAAGAGUUGCUCGACAAAGUGAAGAUGCUCGAAAGUAAGUCUGUAGUAUGUAUCAAGAGUGAGACUACUCACUGAAGAUUCAUAAUCAACGGGGAACUUAAUUUAUCCGUCAUUAAUAGUUUAAUUAAUCUAGUCUAUAGAUAGAUAUAGCCAGCCUCGAGAAGUAGUUUAAAUACUAACUAAGAUGUUUUUAUAUCAAUGUUUUAAUUAAUGUGUGUUGUAUAUAUAUGUUGCCGUGUUGGUGAUUUGGUGGGGAUGAAAGCCCGUC